UGUGGGCACUUGAUCGCGCAAUUCUCAACACUGGUCUCCUAUUAACCUCAAAGGAAAACCAACGGAUUCGACGCAAAUUUCAACGGAAAACAAGCGGAUUUUCAGGUGAAAUAAGGCAUAGCUUCUUGUUGCGACUUUUCCGGAGGACGGGCGGCGCGAAUGGGACGCCAUGCCAGCGAAGCGGAUGACGGCCACCACAGCAGCAACACUUUCGUCCAUCAGUGGAGCCAGUGGGUCCUCCACGAAUAAUAAUAGUUCGACUGGAGGCGGGACCCGCCCUCUGGAAACACUCAAUGGGAUGUCCAGGUUGACCCCCGCCCGCGACCUGACACUUGGUGGGCGUGGCGCUGGAGCAGCCAGCAAAAAGGUCUUUGCUCCCAAUUUGAAUGCAGUGCGGAACAAAAAUGCCAAUGUCAAGACCUCCAAGGACACCACCCAACCUAGGGGAGGCCGCAGGGGUGGGCGUGGCAAUGGGACGGGAGCAACACGUGGUCGCGGUGGAAAUUCCGCUGGUGGGGGCAAUUCCACCCUCAUCCAAACGCAAGGACUCUUCUCCGAGGGAGCUGGCGAUGUCCAUAUGCGGAGGUCCACUGGAAAUGGAACGGCAUAUGCUAGGGCCGGCGAGGAGGUAGCCGUGGCAAGGAAACGGAUAGAUCGCAAGGACGACAAGGGCCAGGGCGAGAGGAUCAAGGAACUCCUGGGCGAGUCGGAGGCCAGCGAUGCGGAGCUCAGUGAAGAGGAGGCUAAUAAGACUGAGAUGGCCCUUAAGCCAAUCCUUCUGAAGGAAGGACUUUGGGCGACCCAGAAGACACCGAUUGUGAAGGCGGAGGAUACUAGUUCAACCUCAACACAGAAGGACACCUUGGCAGUGGCUCAGCAUCUGCAGCAGCUGCAUGUGGCCGUCCAAGCUGCAACUUUGGAGGAACUACCACUUCAAUACGGUCGCUAUCCGCGCAGCAUUGGCAAUUUUCUGGACUCCAGCCAAUCGCAGAUAUUUCUGAUGCAACUGCCUGAUGUGCUGCCAUGUGUGAGCGAUGAUUCGGAGGAUCCAGAGCCUUCCAAGCCAGAUUCCCUAGCAACCAGUGAAUCGGAACCCUCAAGUCCUGCAGCGAAAUCCGCCAGCGGAGCCAAGGGGAGUGUACUACGACAGCUGGAAGAAGGACAAAUCGGAAAGAUCCUGCGGUACAAAUCCGGUCGCGUUAAACUGCAGUUAGGAGACACCCGCUUUGAUUUGGAUAUGGGCCUUGAUCCAGGUUUCCUGCAGGAGCUAAUGUCUGUUACAGCAAACCGCGAGCAACGCAGCGGAAACAUGAUAAAUUUGGGACCGAUACAGGCAAAACUCAAAGCCACUCCGGAUUGGGUGCACCUCUUUGAGCAGCAGGAGGCGGCAGCUAAACGAACGAACCAGGCACCGAACACGUAGCACAACCUGCAUUUACUUCCCACUAGGUAGAUAUGUAAUAUUGUAAAUAGGCUGCGCCUAAGUCUAAGUUAUUCCUACUCUAAAUGCCGUAUAUAAACGUAAAAUAUAGAAAUUUGUAAUACGA